CUGCGUUCCGAGGGCGACGCAGCCGCAGCCGGGUCCAGAAUCAGAGGGUGUUUGGGGACCAGGCCGUAAAGAGGGGUGGCUUUUCCUUCACUUUUCUUGGUGUCCGGGUGGUGCCAGUUCUGUGUGCCCUUGCCCCAUUGCCGUGCGUCCCCUGCCCGGCUCCCUGUGUUUUUCCUAGUCCCCGCAGGGAGUUGGGGCCUCGAGGUUCCGAGGUAGGGGUCGCUGUCCCGCGCGGGGGUUGGGGGCGCGCCCCUCCUCCUAGGCCCUGUCAGCCUCGCCGCCCGGCCCGCGUCUCUAUGGGCCCCACCCGGAAGCCCAACGUGUGUCCCCGGCUGAGUCGUCGGGCGCUGGGCUUCUUCUCGCGCGACGCAGGCGUGGUGCAGAGGACGAACCUGGGCAUCCUGCGGGCGCUGGUGUGCCAGGAAAGUACUAAAUUUAAGAAUGUUUGGACUACUCAUUCCAAGUCACCUAUAGCCUAUGAAAGAGGAAGAAUAUAUUUUGAUAAUUAUCGGUGCUGUGUCACCAGUGUUGCAUCAGAACCCAGAAAACUUUAUGAGAUGCCAAAAUGUUCCAAAUCAGAAAAAAUAGAGGAUGCUCUAUUAUGGGAAUGUCCAGUGGGGGAAAUGCUGCCCAAUUCAUCGGAUUACAAAUCUGCACUCAUAGCACUGACUGCUCAUAACUGGUUACUUCGUAUAUCAGCAAGUACAGGAAAAGUCCUUGAGAAAAUAUAUCUUGCUUCGUAUUGCAAAUUCAGAUACUUGAGCUGGGACACGCCUCAAGAAGUCAUUGCAGUCAAGUCAGCAUUGGCCCGGCAGACGGGCCUUCAACAGUCUGUUUUGCUGUACCUUGCAGUGUUCCAUGUUCUACCUUUUUCACUCAUAGGGAUUCUGGAGAUCAGCAAAAAGAUUUUCGGGAACGUCACAGACGCUACCUUAUCUCAUGGAAUACUGAUUUUGAUGUACAGCUCAGGACUGGUCAGACUCUAUAGCUUCCAAGCCAUCACUGAACAGUUCAUGCAACAGAAACUUGACUUAGGGUGUGCAUGCAGAUGGGGUGGGACUACUGGAACUGUGGGAGAGGCUCCUUUUGGCAUUCCUUGUAAUAUUAAAAUCACAGACACGCCGCCGCUGCUCUUCGAGGUCUCCUCCCUAGAGAAUGCCUUUCAGAUUGGAGGCCAUCCUUGGCACUACAUCAUCACACCUAAUAAGAAGAAACAGAAAGGAGUUUUCCAUAUUUGUGCCCUUAAAGACAAUUCCUUGGCAAAAAAUGGGAUCCAAGAAAUGAAUUGUUGUUCCCUAGAAUCUGACUGGAUCUAUUUUCAUCCCGAUGCUUCUGGUAGAAUAAUACAUGUUGGCCCAAAUCAGGUCAAAGUUUUAAAGCUAAAAGAAGUAGAAAAUAGUAGUGCCCAGCAUCAGAUCUCUGAAGAUUUUGUCAUUUUGGCUAACAGAGAGAACAAAAAUGAAAACUCACACACUGUUACUGCUUCUGGACGGGUGGUAAAAAAGAAAUUUAACCUUCUGGAUGACGACCCAGAACAAGAGACUUUCAAAAUUGUGGACUAUGAAGAUGAAUUGGAUUUGCUUUCUGUGGUAGCUGUUACCCAAAUAGAUGCCGAAGGAAAAGCUCACCUAGAUUUCCAUUGUAAUGAAUAUGGAACUUUACUGAAAAGCAUUCCACUAGUGGAGUCUUGGGAUGUGACGUACAGCCAUGAAGUUUAUUUCGACAGAGACUUGGUGUUGCACAUAGAGCAGAAACCCAGCAGGGUCUUCAGCUGCUAUGUUUACCAGAUGGUCUGUGACCCUGGGGAAGAAGAAGAAACCACAAACAGAAGUUGAAAAAAAGAGUGAGAUCACUUUAAAUUUUGAGAUGUAACGUAUGAGGCUUUCAGCCAGGCACCCCAGCAACUGUGUCCAGUCCUCUUUUUUAUUACCCACAUAUCAAGUUCUCCAGCAUUUUCCAGAAAAGAUCUUGUAAUUACUUUAGAUGACUGUGACUUCUUUUGUAAACUUGCCAUACAAGAGUGGUGAGAACUUCAUCUUAUAUAAAGGAUUUUUAGAAUGCUCUCCCAAGAAACCUAGCAUUUUAGAGCUUUUAGGUAGGUGGUGAUGUAAAUGUAAAAUGUAUUUCAAUUAGGUGUUUAAUAUGACUCUUAAAGGGUAGUGUGAAAUUGUGAUUGCUAAGACUAAGAAGGAAAGACAAAAAGAAAGAUAAAAAGAUAAAGAAAGAAAUUCUGUGUCCUCUAUACCAAACUUUGUUUAAGGAUGAGAAAUGAGAUCUGGAAUGUGAAAGCAUACUUUUGAACCAAAAAUGCAUCAUUGCAGUUUUUUAAAAAAUCUUAUAUAUGUGUCUAUGUUUUAUAUUUGUACAGAUUAUUUUUCCUUCCAUGGUUUUAUUCUCUUGGCCUGAUUUUCCUUAGAUUAUUUGUGUUUCCAUCAUAGACUAAUGUAAAAGGUUCCAAGCAAACUUUAAGUGAAAUUUUUUCCAAUAUGUAGCUUAUUUAGCUAUUGAUUAUUAAAAAUAUUAUACUCAUUUAACCAUUUUGUUUAUUUGGUGUAUCUUCCAACUGUAUUUAGGCAAUCUUAUUGUACACCUGUAAAAUAAGAUAAAGGUACUCUGGAUUGCACCAGUCUUGCUCCUGUAGAAGAGCAGGUAGUUCAGAAGUAGUUUGGGAGCUGACUACUUAGCUAGAAAAAAACUGUUGGCUUUAACAUAUUUGUGAAAUGAGUAUUUUUUCUCCUUUGUUAGAAUUGAUCCAAAUAUGAUCCUUGAACUCAGAUAAUCCUUCUUCAGAAUGUUAAAUAAAAGCAACCUAAGUAAAAGGAGAAAAUAUUUCUUGAUGCUUUCUGCUUGAGAAAUCCUGUUGCUCGCAACACACAUGUUCAGUACAUUCCACUGAGUCAGCCUUACACUGGUGAAAAUACAAGGGGAGAAAACAGCAGUGAGAAAGUCAUUGCUCAUUUGAAUUUAAAGGUAAAAGGGAUUUUAGCUUCGAUGAUUUACAUUAAAAUCCUUCCAUUUUUCCUUCAGCUUUGGUUUGAUCUCAAGUUAAGAAUCAUGUAAAUUCUGCCCUUGAAGUUUGCAGGUAAAUUUUAAGCUUAUUAGAACCAACAGGGCUGAGGAGAGAAUAGGUAUUAGCUAUUCUAGAAGUCAGGAAAUUAGCAGACUCCAUAAAUGUGAAAGAAAUAAAAGGAACAAGCCUAAAGCCAUCUUUUGUGCAACAAUAAAGGAGAUUUGUAACAUUUUAGAAUAAGAGAAAACAUUUAUAUGUGGCUAAAAAUUUAAUCUGUGUAUUAUAACCAGUGAUUACUUCAUCUGCAAGAUGAUAUCUUCAUAUAUUGAAUUUGAAUAUUUUUAUAGCCACUAAUUGAAAAAUUCAUUCUAGUUUUAUGCAUAUUUAAUAAUACUAUUCAAUAUUCGAAGCUUUCAGAGCAUUUUAGAGACAUGAUGUGAUUACAAAGCAGUUGAAUAGUUUCAAUGUGCUAGAUAAAACCCCAAACUUCCAAUUAGACACUAAGUAAAUGGUCCUGCCCAAUUAAUUUAAAUCUUGAAAAAGAGGGAAUAGAUUAAAAAUAGCAGAGAAAAGAAAGAAAGCAGUGUUUCAAAGCAGAUAUAUAAAGCCUACUCUUUGUUUCCAUGAAUGUUUCAGGAAAGGAUGUCCUAAGACUGGAAUCCAGUAAGAUUUUUUCAAAAAGAGGUUUAUUGAGUUUCUUCUUGUCCUUUAAGUUAUUUCCUUCUUUUGAUGAAAUGCUAGAAAGGAAGUCAUCUACUCAGAAAGGCAUCUGAGAACCAAGAUUCCAGUCUUCUUUGUUCAUGAGGGGUAUGUGGGUGUGUGCUUCUAGACUAAUGUCUCACCACUGCCAAAAUCAAAGCAGACUAGGAUCUAAAUGCCACAUGGGCCAGGUGGGAAAAGUGCAUAGCGUGAAAACAGUAGGGAAUUGUGGGCCAUGUAACAAACAGGAGGACUGUGCCCCUGUUGAAAGGACAAGGACAACUGCUACUACUUAGUUUCAGGAAUUUGCAAUGUUACAUGGGAAUGUGGGCUGCAUGAGGGUUAACAGGAUGGUUGAUGAAAAGAUGGCAAACAAUACAGAAGAUAGCAAAGAAUAUGGGAAAUUUAUAGAUAACACACAUACCAGGAGAUAGUAUAAUGGUUCCCAGAAAAGAAGCUCCUCAUCUUCCCCCAGUGGUAGACAGCUGCUCAUUCUGUCACCUGCCAGGCCUGAGACUGUCCUUGUGGGGAUGGAGGGCAGUUGUGGUUUAGAGCCUCCCACCCCACUUUAACCCUCCUCUAUCUGACUGUGUUAGAGGCCUUCCCUGUGUGCCACCUACGUAACAGGUGCUAGCGCCAGGUGUACAACAUUAUGGGGUGACAUUUCUGAGUGUUUAAUGCAAGACUAGGUGAAGCAGAGUAGCUUCCUUCAGCAGGUCUAAAUGGUAAGCUUUAAGAGGUGUAUUUCUUCAUUUUGCUUCUUGAUCUAAGAUUCUGUAUUCUCGCCAUAUCAAUGCAGCAUGAUUAUUCUUUGAUUUUCUAAGGCAUUUCUCAUAACACUGGGAGAAAACAAAAGAUAUCACAGUUACUAUUUGAACUACCUAGUGAGGUGAUAUUGUUGUACUUAACAAAUUAAGGUGCUCCACAUUCUUCCACCAAUUGAAUGUUUUGUGUCUUGUACAUACUAUUUUUUAAAUGGUAGGUUAUAUUUAUUGAGUGCUUUCUACCUACCAGUCAUUGUGAUACAAGUGAAAUGAAUUGUUUCAACAUUCAACAUGACAGUAUGAAGUGUGAAAUACGUUAUACAGAUGAAGAAAGUGAGGAUCACAGAGUUAAUUCGCCUGGGUCCCACAACCAAUAAGUGCAGAGAUGGGAAACAUCCAGAUUUGUUUGACAGAAAUUCAUGCCAAAUUUCCUCCAAAACUCCCAAAGAGCAAAGGAUGUUAUUUUACCCCAUAUAUAGCGUACUGACAAUUACAAUGUUGGAUACAUAGGAAAAUGUUUAAUAAGUGGUUUUUAAAUGAUGAUUGAAUGGGAUAAACAAUGAUAGCCAAAUUUGGGACAAAGUCUGGUUGAAUAUAGUUGGCUGAUCUGUAUGUCACAUAUGGAGACAUAGGAGACGAUUCUUCAUUCAAUGGUGAGAAAUAAUUUUUUAUUAUUUAUUUAUUUUUAGAGAGAGGGGAAGGGAAGAAAGAGAGAGAAAGAAACACCAAUGUGUGGUUGCCUCUGCUGCGCCCCCCACUGGGGACCUGGCCCACAACCCAGGCAUGUGCCCUGACUGGGAAUCAAACCGGUGGCCCUUUGGUUCACAGCCCACACUCAAUCUAUUGAGCUACACCAGCCAGGGCAGAAUUAAUUUUUAAAAAAUGUACAAAAAGUGUACUCUCAUCCUAUUUAUGGUGUUAAUAAACAUAGUAUUAGUAAUUACUUUUAGUAUAACUUGGCUUUCUUUUCAAUAAUAUUUAUAUAUUUUAACUUUUUUAACCAUAUUUACAUAUAUCAUCUAUAUUUUAGAAUUUCAGGAAAAUUUCAGGGGCUGAUUUUUGGUUCCUUUGUUGCUGUAGAAUCUCUAUCUUAUAGAAAAAAUAAUUUAUUUUGGGCAAAGGCUAUAUUAUAGAAAGAGAAGACCAACUAAGGUUUCCCCAUCAUUUCAUUAUCAAACUUUUCAAAGAUAUUGUUAUUAGUUGACAGAAUUUUAUGAUAAAUACCCAAAUACCAACCACAUGGAUUCUACAUUUCACUCUACAUUGUUUUUUUAAUUUAUCUAUUAAUGUUACUUUUAUAAUUCAUUUCAAAAUCAAUUGCAGGCAUUGGUAUUCUCCUUAAUACUUCAACAUGCGUAUCAUUAUAUAGUUUAAUACUAUUCAGUUUUUAAACUUUUCGAUGUCCACUUACAUGCAAUGAAGGGCACAAAUGUUAAUCAUAAAUUUGCUGAGUUGUUGCAAGUGCACCCACCUGUGUAACCUAAACCCUUUACAAAACUCAGAACAUUAUAGUCACCCCAGGAAGUCUCCUCAUGCCCCUUUGCAGUCAAGCCGGCUCUACCCAUCAGGUGGAACUACUGUUCUGAUUCUGUUACCUCACAGAUUAAAUUUGCUUAUUCUCAAACUUUAUAUAAAUGAUACCAUACAAAGCAUAAUGAUUCUUUCAAUCGGCAUGUUUUUGAGAAUACUUCAUGUUGUAUUCAUCCAUGGUUCAUUCCUUUAUCGCCGAGUAUUCUUUGUAUGAAUGUGUCACAGUUUUGUGCGCGGUUUUUUGUUUUUCUGUUGAUGGACACCUGGGCUGUUUCUACUUUUAAAAAACCCUAUUAUGAAUAAAGCUGCUGUGAAUAUU